AUGUCUUGGAUGACUCUCACUCACGCAGCAAUGAAACAAAUGGCAAACUCUGCCAUCCUUAUCAACGGCAUUGGAGGUUUAGGAAUUGAAAUUGGAACUAAUCUGACCAUCCAGGACUGUAAACUGGCCGAGAUUCAGAACCUGGGGACACAGUUCUUUUUGAGAGAGGAAGAUGUCGGCAAAAACAGAGCUAAAACCAGCUGCAGUAGAUUGGCAGAACUGAACUCCUAUGUGUCUCUGUCUGCCUUGAAAACAGGACUAGAUUGUGAUUCGGACCUGUCGUAUCUGGCUGGAUAUCAGACAAUCAAGAUUUAUGGCCUACAGACAGUUUAUAAAUUGGGUUAG